AGAGAAAACAUGAAGGAAAAGAGGAGUGAGUUCCAGCAGCGGGGACCAAAGUCAACUGGAAGUUUCUCAUGAGCUGGGAUCUCAUCAUUAUAGAGCGGAUGGAAGAACAGGAAGGAACAUAUCAAUUCAAGUCCACGAUAAGAGACUAAACGAAUAAACAAUCGCGAAAGUCAUUAACUGCCCUCGUGAAUGUGUGACAGUCGGGUUUGCGUGUGUUGAGCCAGCCGGGUCUCGAGGCUUCGGGUCGGGCUCCGGUGCUUCUGACCGUCUCAUUAAAGGAUCCGGUGGCCACUGAAGGUCAGAGACUUCAAGCCGAGAGCAGAGGCGUCGCCACCAGUCGAUUCGGCAGUCAUGGCCGGGGCGAAACCGGGAGUACACGCUUUACAGCUGAAACCGGUGUCGGUCCCUGAAGAUCUUAAAAAGGGGAGUAAGUUUAUCAAAUGGGACGAGGAUAACAGUGUACUCACCCUUGUCACCCUUAAAGUGGACUCCGAUGGAUUCUUCCUGUACUGGUCCGAAGGGACCAAAAUGGAUGCGGAAGUCCUGGACAUCAGUCAUAUCAGGGACACCAGGACAGGAAAAUAUGCCAAGAUUCCAAAGGACCUGCGAGUGUAUGAGCAAUUGAAAAGUAAUACAGAAGGCAAAGUGGAUUCCACAAAGCUGCUGACCAUUGUCCAUGGCAACGACCUGGUCAAUAUCUCCUUCCUCAACUUCCAAGCUGUGCAGGAAGGGCAAGCCAAGGUGUGGGCAGAUGAGCUGUUUAAUCUUGCCACAAACAUCUUGUCCCAGAAUGCUUCCCGCAACACCUUCUUAUUCAAAGCUUACACAAAGCUGAAGCUACAGGUAAACCAGGAUGGAAAAAUCCCAGUUAAGAACAUCCUGAAGAUGUUCUCGGAUAGGAAGCGUGUGGAGAUGGCGCUGGAACACUGCGGUCUUGUCAAUACCAGGGUGGAGAGUUUAAAGCCAGAUUACUUCACCUGGGAAAAGUUUCAGAAAUUUCUCGACAAACUGAGCCCCCGACCAGACGUGGAGCGCAUCUUUGUGAAGCUUGGUUCUAAAGGGAAGCCCUUCUUGUCUUUGGAUCAGUUGAUGGGCUUUAUAAACAACAAACAGAGAGAUUCACGAUUAAAUGAGGUUCUUUACCCUCCUCUCAAGCGUGAACAGGUCCGCCAGGUCAUGGAGAAAUAUGAGACCAACAUCAGCCAGCUGGAGAGAGAUCAGUUCUCCAUGAUGGGCUUCACAAAGUAUCUUGGUGGCGAUGAGAAUUUUGUAGUUCCUCCUGAGAGACUGGAUAUCAUUGAUGACAUGAAUCAACCCUUGUCUCACUAUUUUAUCAACUCUUCACACAACACCUACCUUACGGUGGGUCAGUUGACGGGUCUGUCGUCAGUAGAGAUGUACAGGCAGGUGUUGCUGACAGGGUGCCGCUGUAUCGAACUGGAUUGCUGGAAGGGCCGCCCAACUGACGAAGAGCCAAUCAUCACGCAUGGUUUCACCAUGACAACUGAGAUUUCAUUUAAGGAAGUCAUUGAGGCCAUUGCUGAAAGUGCGUUCAAAGCUUCCCCGUACCCUCUCAUACUCUCCUUUGAGAAUCACGUGGACUCAGCAAAGCAGCAGGAGAAAAUGGCCGAUUACUGCCGAUCCAUGUUCGGGGAUGCGUUGCUCAUCGACCCUCUGGAUAAGUACCCGCUGGUUCCUGGUCAACCACUGCCAACCCCUCAGGAGCUGAUGGGGAAGAUUCUCAUCAAGAACAAGAAGAAACAUCACAACAGGGCCUCGAACGGAGGGAGCAUCAAACGCAAAGAUGGGACGGAUGAUCAGUCCUCACCUUUAAAUGAUUGUCCAUUGUCUGAUGGGGACGUGGGCCAGAACCUGUCCAAUGGGGGCGAGAGGCUUGCAGAGAGGAUGACCAAAGACCUUGAUAUAAACAAAUCGAUUGAUCGGGGGGAUGGAGAAAGUGAUGAUGAGGAGGAGGAGCUGGCUCCAGAUCCCAAAAAACACACUGAUGAGGGUACUGCAUAUAGUGAGGUGAACGCUACAGAGGAAAUGUCCACAUUGGUCAACUACAUAGAACCGGUCAAAUUCAAAUCAUUUGAAGUGGCAAGAAAGAGAAAUAAAUAUUUUGAGAUGUCCUCUUUUGUGGAGACCAAAGGCAUGGAAACUUUGAAGAACUCUCCCAGCGAUUUUGUAGAAUACAAUAAGAAGCAGCUGAGUCGAAUCUACCCCAAAGGGACUCGAGUUGACUCCAGUAAUUACAUGCCUCAGCUCUUCUGGAACGUGGGCUGCCAGAUGGUGGCACUAAACUUUCAAACUCUUGACCUGCCGAUGCAGUUGAACAUGGGGGUGUUUGAAUACAAUGGGCACUGUGGUUAUCUGCUUAAACCAGAGUUCAUGAGACGCACCGACAAACACUUUGACCCCUUUACUAUGGACAUUGUGGAUGGGAUCGUAGCCAAUACGGUCGAGAUCAAGAUAAUCUCAGGUCAAUUUCUGAGCGAUAAGAAGGUUGGCGUUUAUGUGGAGGUGGACAUGUUUGGACUUCCCACCGACACUAAAAGGAAAUACCGAACGAAAACAUCUAACAACAACUCUCUGGACCCGGUGUGGGACGAGGAGCCCUUUUUGUUCAACAAGGUGGUGUUACCCACCCUGGCAUCCCUGAGAGUAGCGGUGUAUGAGGAAAGUGGAAAGUUUAUCGGCCAUCGCACCUUGCCAGUAUCAGCAUUGCGUCCAGGAUAUCACUACAUUUGUCUGAAGAAUGAGCUGAACCAGCCGCUCAUGUUGCCCUCACUCCUGGUGUACACUGAAGCGAAGGACUACAUCCCCAAUGAGCACCAAGAGUACGCUGAAGCUCUGACAAACCCCAUCAAACAUCUCUCUGAGCUGGCUCGGAGGGAAGCACAACUUCAGGCACUUAUGGUGGACUCCACAGAGGGUGGUCCUGUAAAACCAGAGGAAGGAGUCAAGUUUGAUCCUAGUUGUGUGACCUCUGUUGACCCUAUCUGCUCUCUGCCUUCUCCAACACUUCCUCCUCCGUUGAAUGAGGUCGUGAACCCAGCAUCAGCCCCGAAAGAAGAUCUAGUCAACAAUAUUCUUAAAGUUAUUGAACCUCAGUCUAGUGAGGAGCUCAAACAACACAAUUCCUACCUGAAGUUGUUAAAGAAGCAGUGCAAGGAACUCAAGGAGCUACGAAAGAAACAUCUCAAAAAGGUGUGGGCUUUCAGUAAGGAACAGAGGGCACUGAGCAAACAGAGUCAGACGGACAAACGUCUGCGGCCCAGUCUGAAGAAAAAUGGAGCAGAGGAGCCUGUGCAGAAGGAUCACACGGAGCAGUUUAAAGAGGAGCAGAUGCAGAAACUUCUCAGUGUCAGACAGUCACAACAUCAGAUUGAGACUGAGACCAAACACGCUCAUCUGUUAGAGGCCAGUCAGAAACUGAUGGAAAUUGCCCAGGAAUGUCAAGCUGCCCAGAUAAAGAAACUCAAGGACGUGUGUGACAAAGAAAAGAAAGAGCUCCAGAAGAUUCUGGAACGGAAAAGGCUGAACAGCAUAACUGAGGCCAAGAAGGCUGAAAAAGAUAAGGCCGAAAUCAAGGAGUUGAGUGAGAUCAAUAGAAAACACAUCAGCGAGUCUGUCAACUUAAUCCGUCUGCUGGAAUUGUCUCAAGGGAAGCGUCAGGAGAAGCUGAAAGCCCUUCACAAAGACAUCCUCCAGAGGAUAGAGGAGGAGAUCCCUCUGAAUCAGGCUCGUCUGACAUGCGACUGCGAAGCAGAGCUGAAGUGCUUACCGGAGGAAAUCUCUCUGUACCUACAGGGGGAGCUAGAGAGAAAAGGCUCUCGUAAAGACCUCUUCAGUCAGGUCAAUAAUGACAGCUCUGGCUCCGGCCCGUCUUCUAACUGCAGCACGCCCCCUUACUCCUCCCCCAAUCACAGCUGGAGCAACAUCGGCAGCAUCUCCACCUCAGUGCUGGACUCGCCCACCUCAAACAGCCCUGUUAAAUCAGACACGGACACUACAGGAAUAUACUAGCGAUACUACGCUUUUGUUUUGUUUGUACCACUAAUUCUCACCUCUGGAAUCUAAGAAUAGAUUUAGUAUUACAAGUUGUAAGCAAUUUUUCAUUUGCAUAUACCUUGCGAAUUGAAAUGUACCAACUUUUUACGUUUUCAUUUUUAAACCAAAGUCUUGUUUUAAAUAGUCACUAUGGAUUUGAUCUAGCUUUACAAACGUGGGCUCUGGUACAUAUUGAUGCCUGUACGGGACACCUGUGGAAACAAGAGGGGGGCGGUACACCUUUGACUAGGUUCUCUAUUUAUUUCUGUUGUGUAUUGUGCACUGUAGAGCUUUAAGUGUAGUGCGUUGAAUUGCCCUGAAGGUGGCAGUGUAAAUUGGCAAUGGCACAUUAGUCUGUGAUGCGAAUGCUAGGCUAGUGCUUAAUCUGAAUGGUACGUGUUUACAUAAAAACGCACAGAUGGACUGUCGCUUGCCCAACUCCCAACAAUUAAUUUCUCAUAACGUAUCUCCGUAGAAGUAAAAACACGCUGACGUGUGAAUACGUAGACGAGGGACAGUCAUUUAUUUUGUGUGUAUGUUAAUUGCCUCAUUUCUACUUUUCUUUCGCUUGAACUCUGUCACCCAGAUUAUGCUUUCUAAAUCCUGUAAUCCCCUCCUGUAUCCCAAUGUUGGUUGGUUUAAUCGAAUCGAUACUAAUCCCGUCUCUGUAGUUGACACUCAAAUGCACCGAUGCCUUGGAAACUUGGACCUUAUUCCUGUGCCACGCCCGAUUUUCCACAUUUAAAUCCGAUUGAACCGUAGUCCUGGCACAGUUUCAUGAUAGACACCUGCACAGACACUUACGACGUGUGGUUUUAUAAAGUCAGAUUCCAAGUCACAACAUGUUGCAUAACAUACAACGAGGCAGAGCAUAAUGUGAGAUUGAAUGAAGACACGUAAAUCUUAGCUCUGAUCGCAGCAUUCCAGGCCUUUUUUAAUCCAUUAGACGGCAUGACGGUUGGAUUUCACUUUCUCUGUGUAAUCUGAUUUGAUUCUAUCAUUUUUUCAUUCAUCUCUGGUUGACCUUCAUCUGGGUCCCUAACCUCUCCUCUCAUUCUUUUUUCCUGACACUUCUCUCUCUCUCUGGAUUUUGACAUGCAUACAGUGCUCACUCGCUCCGCCCGCUUGAGCAGAUUGACUCAAAGCACCCGUCAUCGCUGCAUCGUCUACAUCAUUAUAAUACCGGGAGAUGACAGUGUUCUUGGUGCUUAAUGAUCUUUAUCGAAGCACUUUAAGAAAUAAAUCAAUUACAGCACUUAAGACUAUCAAACAAAUACAUUGGACGCAGGGCGUGACGUCUACUCUCAGUGCAUGGAUGAAAAUAUAAAGACGAGAUGUAUAAUUUACACGGUUGGAAGAGAGCGUGUUUGUGUGUGAGUUUGCUGGCUGUAUGAAUGGAUGAGCGCUGUAGUGUUUAGAAGGCCAGAAGGCAAAAGGGCUGUGAUGGACAAUGCCAUCUUUCUCAAUGGGAAAUGAGUCUCGAGUGUGUUGUUUGUGUCUCUUGUCUGCAUGUCAGUUCAACAGCUUUAUACCAAUAUGAAAAGGGAUUAAUGAUAUGUGCAUGUAAGCAAAUCCUCUUUUCAUACUUCUUUAGCUUUGAAAAGGACUGUAGGGGCCAAUAUUGUUGUACUAGGAAAUAUUAAUGUGUGUAUUUUAGCAGAAACCAGAUUAUAAAUCGUCUUAUAAUUCACUCCUUUUAGGAGUUUAAGGAAUUCUACUACUGACUAAAGCAGUCGAGAGUAAAGUCUGUCUUUGUCUGUGUUUCGGGCUACAUUCUUGAACAUAUCAAAUUGGAGUUAUCUGUUGUUGAUGGUGCAUUUUUUACUUUAUGGCCUGUAGUUUUCAGUUUAAUUUUAUUUCAAACAAUUUUUCAAAGAUAAUUUUAGCACCUUUGUAAACGUGAUUGUCACAUUAUCACUGUUGUUUUGUUUGUAGGCCAUGGAAACGAGGACAUUUCAUAUGUUCAGUGAAUUUUCAUUUAAACCCCAUUUUUGCGUCUUGAAAUGGGACAAAAUCCAGGUUGCUUACAUUUUUUUAUUUAUUUUAAAACCUUUUAUUUUGAAAUGCAUUGGAAAUCAUGUCCUUUAAAUUCAGUUCUGCAUGGUUGGUAGGUUGAAGUCAGGAAGACAUUUGCAUGCUAAUUCCUGUCUAUAAUCAGACGUCCUCAGGGGAGAUCAGAGUGAGAUCAGACUUCUCUCAUUAAUGCUAAUUAUUAAUGACAGACUGCUCCAUAAUACAGUAUAUACGGAUCCAGGACCUGACUUAAACCUAUGCUAGCUAAUAUUGGUGUUUGUACUGAAAUAUCUUUAAGGGGGAAUAUAUAGGGCUAACUUCUGCUGCCUCAUUUAUAGCUUUAACCAAGUACAUACAGUAUGUCAUAGUUCCUUGAGUACAAAUUUGUUCACACUUUCUGGAUCUGUCUUUUUAUCACCUUCCUACUGAAACACUUUUGUUAACACUGUAUGUAGAUAAAGUACUUGUCUGCCUUGUUAAAGGGAAAAUUAUUACUCUGGAUGUAAUUUUUAUUCGAUAAAUAAUAUAACUGUACAUUCAAUAAAUGCAGAACGUUGCGAAAAAUG